GGUGUAGUUGGAAAUAGUGAGAAUUUAGAGGUUAGUCCAGAAAAUAUCAAUGAGACAUUGUUUUUAAAGAAUCUGGCUCUCUUUUACCUGAAAUUACAGGCUAAGUUAUUGCUUCCAUCGUCAGUCAUUCAGACUAUCAUUGAAGACAUGCAGUCAGUUUAUGAUGUCAACCAGUCACAUCUACUCUUUAAACUAAAUGAGAAAUUGGUUGCACUUGGGGUUCCAGAGGCUUCCAUUAAUGAUGUCAUGGACAGUCUGAAAGCAGAUGAUCUCUUACGAGCAUGUAAUAGCCACACACUAAAAACAGAUCAGCGCAGGAAAACCGUGUUCAAGAACAGUUUUAAUUAUGUUGAACCCAUUCCCAUUUGUCUAGGACAUAAUGAAGCUGGCAAAGAGCGUUUUUUACAGUACGUCCCUGUAAAACAGACAAUUGAGGCCCUUUUUCGUUGUGAGUCGGUUUGGAAUCAGUACAGAGAAGUACACAGCCGUAUCCAGUUGAAGGAUAUUUUUGAAGAUCUGUGGGAUGGUGAAAACACCACAAAAAAUUUGGCUCAGACAGAAAGGUCAUCUUUAGGCUUGAUACUUUAUCAAGAUUCAUUUGAAGUUGUGAAUCCCUUGGGGUCAGAAAAGAAAAAACACAAAAUACUAGCCAUGUAUCUCACACUUGCAGACCUAUUGCCAUACAACCGGUCAAGUAUUGACCAAAUGCAACUGGUUUUUCUGUGUAGAGAACAAGAUUUCAAGUAUUUUGGUCAGGAAUUGGUCAUGGGAGGCUUGAUGAAAGACCUUCAAGACCUUGAGACUAAUGGCAUAGUGCUACCUGAUGGACAGGUAUGCAGAGGAAUCUUGCGAGCCAUUGCAGGAGACAACCUCGGUUCACACAACAUCGGAGGUUUUCUUGAAAAUUUCAGUGGCAAUAGGUACUUCUGUCGAUAUUGUGAAAUUGAAAAAGAUGUGUUUCAGGCAGAUCCUUUGUCCAAAGCCAACACUCGGACACCAGAGUCAUACAAAGAGCAUGUUCAGAACCUCGAGGAGCAUUCUGUUCAUAGCGGAGGGCAAUGAGCAUUGUGAAUGAAGAUCAUCCUCAGAAUUUUGCCAACAAUUUCCAAAGACACUCUACAGGCAUUGAUAGACAAGCUAUUAAACUCCGGUCUGGAAUCUACACAAGACCUGAAAUAUGUGACUCAAGAAGAUAUUGCUGACCUACUACCGGCCAUUCAACUACGGAAGCUUCUGGAAGCAUUUAAAAAAGAGACAGAGGUGGUCUCUUUGGACCUACAAAUUCUUCCUUCCCCCACACCACAAGUCAGCUCUCCUUCAGUCCUUCCUUGCUCCAGUGCAUCAAGUGGACUCUCAAAUCAAGAAUCUAGCAGCUCCGAAAACUGCGGUCCAUCCUCCCAAAUCAAAAAAACAUGGCCAGAGACAUUUCAGAUUCCUUGGACUGCAAUGCCUAUGGACAUUCGUUCAGCACUGGCUGAUGGCAAGAGACCUUCACCAGCAGCAAGGCGACAAAUGGUCAGAGUUUUGGCAGAUGAGAUGAGGAAAUAUGAGCUAUACCCAACACGCGGACAAUGUGUCACAGUUUGUCGAAACAUCAUCCGCCAGUAUCCUCAAAGUUUUGCCGAUCUCCGUGACAAUGGUCAGGUAUUAGGAAAUGGUUAUACCUCACUGUUAAUUCAAAUUAAAAACCGAAUUGAAAAUCUUAACCGCACCACCAGCUUUCGCCAACACCGUUCGUCUAGUGAUGGACUGAAGAGAGGGCCUACUGAUACAUAUGGCUGCACCAGAUUUCAGCCUGAUCUCCCACCAGAGGAGACAGACGAAACCAUAGAGCAGAAACGUCAGCGACUGGAGGAGAUAUACCAUCGAGAUGGAAUAAAUGGGGUUGAAAAAGCAGAAGUUAAGCAACUUAUGGAAACAACCUUUUGCCUCCAGCGGCAGCAAAUAAACAUAUUACCAGCACCCACCAUCGCUGAUUUAAAACAGCAGUGGCCAUACCUUUUCACUCAAAAAGGGCUUCAUGCUCAUUUUGAGCUUCUUACUGAUAUCAAAGUUAUGCGUGCACUUGAGCUUGCCAUGGAAGAGUGUGGAAGAGCCAUUAUGGAGUUUUUCAGCAACAAACCCUCCAAUGCAGAUGUCAGGGCAGUCAUUUCUCUGCGGCCAGACCUCGAGCUUUCCCUCUGCGUCAUCCAACUUCUCAUGGCUCACUUCUCUGAGACUCAGGAAGGGCUGAUCCUUUUUGCAAAUGCAUCUUCAACUGCAGCUGAUGUAGAAAGAACACUUGAACUACCUGCAACUCCUCGACUGAUUCUCCUUGGUGAAAAACCAGGAAGCUACAUUAAUAAAUGGAUGAUCAGUUUUGAGGGGCAAGUAAUUUGUGAGAGCAUCCAGCCAAGUUUUCUGUCUGGUCUUGCAGCUGUGUUUUCGAUUAUCUACAAUUUCAAUGUGGAGUACCAAGUGGAAGCUGCAUGCACAUUGGAAUUCAUUCAGAGGCGCUUCAUUGGUAUAAACCCUGAAAAAGGCACCAAGGGUGGAAACGUCCUAUCAAAGCGGACAGGGAAGGUCACCCACAAGAAGAAAACAGUCAACACUCGGGUUGCCAGUCUACUUAAGAAGCUAAUGGACUUCGAGUGGGAUUUCAUAUAAGUGAACCCACUCAUUCACUGAUAUACCACACACACACACCUUACACAUACUCUUCACUCAUGACAAAAACAUUCUUUUAGUGUGUUAAUCGCACAAUUUUUUUCAGGUGUUCAUUCUUGAAUACCUACAUUUUGACUUCAUUCUACAUUGAAUUUUUUCUUUAAUUUAUAUUCACUAAUAAUUCAGUAAUUCAGUCAUUCUUAUUCACUCAGUUCUCUGAGUCAUUUAGUUUGUUCUAAUGUUAUAUGAAUGUUGUGUUUAUUGAGUUAAAAUUUAAUUCUGAAGCUUAAGUUUGUUUAGUCAUUCCACUUGCUGUGCUACAGCCACUAAUUUUAGUAAUAUCUUGUGAUUAAAAGUGGCUUUUGUUUUUCAAAGGUAUACUAAAGCAAGUUUUGAAGUUACACUGCAUUGUGUUACAUUUUUAAUGUUUGUGCAUUGUACUAAAGCAUGUUUUUUUAGCAAAUCAAUGAAAUAUCUAGGAAAAUAAUUUCACCUUUUUUAUUAGCAGUCCAUUUCUCAGUAUAACAUACAGAAAAAAAAUAACAUUAAUUAACUAUUAAUUCUUUUGACAGCAAUGUACUGUUAAUGUAGAAAAUAACAGCUUCAUGCUGUAUUUUCGAAAACAGCAACAAACUGUAAAUUUCAACAACAGCAAGACACUGUUAAUUUAACAGUAUAACUUGCUGGCAACCGUGCUGCCAGUUACUUACUGUUUUUCCGACAUUGUCACAACGUUGAAUAACAGCUGAAAUCCUGUUUUUAUGUUGACAACAUUGUUUCAACGUAAAUAUUAGUGAUGGGAAGUUAGGCUCAAUUAACUGAUUCGAUUCUUUCGAACUGUCCGUUGUAAUGAAUCGAUUCUAAAACCGAUUCUAUGAUUCAUUUUUUCCCGUCUUUUUUGCGCCUGGUCAUGUGACUCAACGAAUUGUGGGAUCGGAUAAUAAAUCUGUCUCAAGGUUACGUUGUUUGACAAACACAGCGCUGGUGUUCAACAAAAAUGUUCAGCUUGACUAUUCACAAUAAAAAAGCA